AUGAUGCACAGACGGGGAGGCAAGCGGAUCCGCAUGGACGAUCCGGUGCCGCCGGAGUACGAGACCCCGAUGACGCCGAUGACUCCGAUGAACGACAAUUCCGCCGGGGACGCGAACGACUACAACGCGUACACCCCGUAUAAUCAGGCGUCUCAGACUCCGCUGCACAAUCCCACUCCGGAGCAUUAUUCCUCCGAGAGCCACAGUUCACCGGGCACGUCUCAACAGCAAUACCAGGAACAGGCGGGAAACUUUGACAAUCAGGCGCAAUUCGAGGCUCCUGCAACGCCAGCAGCAUCUAACAUGAGAAUCACAAGGAACACUCGUGCAAGGAUGCGUGGAGGCGUAGUACAGCAACCCAAGUACAAAGAAGUCGAUACAGACUACGUUCCAUUGCCCAGCAACAGAGGUAGAGGAGGCGGUGGACGAGGACGUAACAAAAGAGCACAUCAUACGCACAGUUUGGAAGAUGAAGCUAGUCUUUAUUACGUUAUUAGAAAUAAUCGGUCUUCGCUCACUACUAUUGUUGACGACUGGAUAGAAAAGUACAAAAGCAACAGGGAAAACGCGCUGCUCAUGUUGAUGCAGUUUUUCAUCAAUGCGAGCGGUUGCAAAGGUCGCAUCACUUCCGAGAUGCAACUGACCAUGGAACAUGUGGCAAUUAUUCGCAAGAUGACUGAGGAAUUCGAUGAGGAAAGUGGCGAAUAUCCGUUAAUAAUGACAGGACAGCAGUGUAAAAAGUUCCGUGCAAACUUUUGUGAAUUCGUUCAAAUUCUCGUUCGACAAUGUCAAUAUUCGAUUAUCUAUGAUCAGUUUCUAAUGGAUAACGUUAUUUCUUUACUAACUGGACUGUCGGAUUCACAAGUGAGGGCGUUUAGACAUACUGCAACGCUUGCCGCUAUGAAAUUAAUGACAGCUUUGGUAGACGUUGCAUUGACUGUAUCCAUAAAUUUGGACAAUACGCAACGGCAGUAUGAAGCCGAGAGACAAAAGGCUCGAGAGAAAAGGGCGGCAGACAGAUUGGAGUCUUUGAUGGCGAAGCGAAAGGAAUUGGAAGAGAACAUGGAUGAGAUAAAGAACAUGCUUACAUAUAUGUUCAAGUCUGUUUUUGUCCAUAGGUAUAGGGAUACCUUGCCGGAAAUACGCGCAAUUUGUCUGGCAGAGAUCGGAGUCUGGAUGAAGAAAUUCCACCAAAAUUUCUUAGAUGAUUCCUAUUUGAAAUAUAUUGGCUGGACUUUGCAUGAUAAAGUUGGAGAAGUUAGACUUAAAUGCUUGCAGGCGUUACAACCAUUGUACGCCUCAGAGGAAUUAAAAACGAAGCUCGAGCUGUUCACAAGCAAGUUCAAGGACAGAAUCGUCGCGAUGACGUUGGACAAGGAAUAUGAUGUAGCGGUGCAGGCUGUGAAACUUGUUAUUUCGAUCUUGAAGCAUCACAGAGAGAUCCUUAGUGAUAAAGACUGCGAACACGUGUACGAACUUGUUUAUUCCUCGCAUCGUGCGGUCGCGCAGGCCGCCGGUGAAUUUCUGAAUGAACGUUUAUUCCGUCUAGAUGACGAAGCCCCAGUCGGUGUUAAGACCAGACGCGGCAAGAAACGAUUGCCGAAUACGCCACUUAUACGCGAUCUUGUUUUGUUCUUCAUCGAAUCCGAAUUACACGAGCACGGAGCGUAUCUCGUUGAUUCUCUAAUUGAAACUAAUCAAAUGAUGAAGGAUUGGGAGUGCAUGACGGAUCUCUUAUUAGAGGAAGCUGGUCCCGACGAGGAAGCGUUGGACAAUCAGAAAGAAACGUCUCUCAUUGAAUUGAUGGUGUGUUGCAUAAAACAAGCUGCUACGGGCGAAGCACCGGUCGGUCGUGGACCCACUCGAAAAAUUCUGUCGGUGAAAGAACUUAAACAAGUUCACGAUGAUAAGCAAAAAUUGACGGAACAUUUUAUUCAAACGUUACCACUGUUACUCGAUAAGUAUAGGGCAGAUCCUGAAAAAUUGGCGAAUUUACUCGCAAUCCCGCAAUAUUUUGAUUUGGAUAUUUACACAAAAUCUAGACAAGAAAUGAAUUUAGAUUCUCUUUUAAAUAAAAUCCACGCGAUCGUAGAAAAAAUGCACGAUACCGAAGUUUUGGAUACGGCGGCUAAAACCUUAGAACAUAUGUGUGUGGAAGGUCAUGCUAUUUUUACCAGAUGUGAUGUCGCUCGUUCAACUUUAAUCGAUUUCAUUGUAAAUAAAUACAAAGAAGCGAUUGAUGAAUAUAGGAAUUUGAUUGAGGGAGACGAGGAACCGGACGAAGAUGAGAUAUUUAACGUUGUCCAAUCACUUAAAAAAGUUUCCAUCUUUUAUGCCUGUCACAAUAUGAAUCCAUGGGGCAUAUGGGAUUCGUUGUACAAGGAUAUUGAGGAUGCAAAGGAUCCUUCAAAAUCCUUACCGGACAAAGCAGUUAAGUACUGCAUAAGCGCAUGCUUCUUCGCCAUUUUGUGGGGCGAAAAUCAUUUGAUGGAAGCUGUGGACUCGGCCAGUCGUGGCGAGGACGAAUGCCGGCAGUUGAAGGAACGACUGCAUUCAUUUAUGGGUUCAAUGCGCCAUUUCGUCAGCGGCGAUAGUAGCGGCACGCCAUCGCCGCCGAUCUUGAGGGAAGUUGCGUACAACACAAUAUGCGAUUUGUUGGUUGUAUUCUGCAAUCAACUGACUACGCAUACUAAUCCCUUGUUGCAUCAGUUAGUGUACGAGCCGGACCAAGCAAUGCAAAACAUGCUCAAUAGAUUUAUACAAGAGUAUGUUUUCUUCGAAGAAGAGGAUGAAGGGCAUGAUGAACACUCUAAAAUCGAAGAGCUGCAUAAACGAAGAAAUUUCUUAGCUGGCUAUUGCAAGUUAAUUGUAUACAAUAUGAUCCCCACGAAAGCUGCAGCGGAUGUGUUCAAGCAUUACGUCAAAUAUUACAACGAUUACGGCGAUAUUAUUAAGACCACGUUAGGGAAAGCAAGAGAUAUCAAUAAAACGAAUUGUGCGCUAACGAUGCAACAAAGCUUAAAUAUUUUGUACAACGAGAUAAUGACCGAUAAGGGCAAGGUGAACAGAAACAGCGAAGAAUUCACCGCGAUAAAGGAACUUGCGAAACGAUUUGCUUUAUCCUUUGGUUUGGACGCCGUGAAAAAUCGCGAAGCAAUAACGGCCUUACACCGUGCAGGAGUGUUAUUCGUCAUCACUCCUCCAGAUGGUGUCGAACAGGAUCCCACAGGCCCCCCACCGAAUUUACCGUUCCUUGAGAUAUUGUCCGAAUUCACAAAUAAGCUUCUCAAACAGGAUAAACGUGUAGUACUCAACUUUCUGGAUAGACGGUUACAAGCUGGAAUGCCGUCUUCACGAGGGGAAGAUUGGCAGCCUUUACUAUUGUACAGAAAUAGUUUAUUACAUGGUGAAACUGAUCAAGUGCCAGUUACAAGUAAACGAGCUUAUACAAGACGCAAGAAAGAUCAAUUAGCAGAGGAAGAGGAUGCUGAUGAACCUGAUGAAGGUUCUGAUCACGAACUUGCUGGCAAACAGAAGAAAAAGCGUGGUCCACGGAAGAAUCAAUUACCAGUUAAUAAAGUAGUGAUAACACGUGGACCCAGAACAAAUGCUUUCUACGAAAAUAAUGAUACCGCACAAACGCAAGCAUCUCCUUCAGCAAUUAUAGAGGACACCUCAACGAGUCCUUCGCAAGACAUUGAUAACAGACUCAAAACUUUACAAAUACAGUCAAAAUCACGACGAAGUCAAGAGCGUGUAGAGCAUAGGGAAUUGCGGAGAACCUCUAGAAACUCAGGGAGAUACGUCGAGGGGCAAUAUAUGGAAUCUGAUUCCGAGUAAGAGACAUCGUAAUUCUUAAAUGCUUCGCUCUCUUGUAUUCUUAAAUUCAGAUAAUUGGAUUGUGAUAUGUAUUCGAAGCAGCUAUACAUUUUGAGAAUUACAAAAGCAUACUUAACUGAUAAUAGAGCUUUUAGAGCAAGUAUCGAUAUGUUUUGAUAGAUGAAUAUUCUGUUACAAAGCGAUUACACGUAAGAGAAAAAUUUUAAUUUUUUUGCGGAAUCGAAUUUAUUUCAUUAUAUGUCAUGUUACAAAUAACACAAUAUAUAUAUACAUAGAUUCCAUAUAAAAAUGAGUACUAUAAAAGAAUUAUCUUUCUCUCUUUGUCUGUCUAUCUAUCUAGAAAUUAUUAACUAUCUAGAAGUUAUUAACUAUUUAAUAACUUCUUUAAAUAAACAGAUACAAUUCAU